GAUUCAAAAAAUAUUUUAAAAAAAUUAAAAAUCAACCUCAGGGGUUGAUGUUUGAAAAAAGAACAUCUUCACUAAUAAGAUAGAGACUGUUCAAUAGAAUGGAAAUUCACUAUCAAAGAAACAAGAGUAAUCCAAUACAAAAUAAUACUUCAACAUAAUUAAACAUACAACAAAAAGCAGAAAGAUUAAAGCAAGGGUCAAUAGCAAUUAGAUGGAGGUGGCAACCAAUUACCAAGACGAUAAGGAAGUCAAAAGAAAAAGAAAAAUACGAAGAAUAUUGAA